AUGCUGCACUUCUCGCGGUCCUCGUCGGCUCGGUCGGUCUGCGCGUGCACCAAGGGCAAGCCCGUCUCGGAGCGAGAGCUCUCGACGGCGGCUCAGCCAAGCGCCUCCAACCGCGGCGUUGUGUACAUGGCGCCCGGGGUGGUGGAGGUCAAGCCGAUCGACUUCCCAAAGCUCGAGCUGGACAGCACAUCCUCCCCUGUCGCCUCGGAGCGGCAGAAGAGGAAGUGCGAGCACGGCGCUAUCCUCAAGGUCGUGACGACCAACAUCUGCGGCUCGGAUCAGCACAUGGUGCGAGGGCGCACCUCGCUCCCGGGCGGCUACAUGGUGCUCGGCCACGAGAUCACUGGCGAGAUUGUCGAGGUCGGCCGCGACGUCGAGUUCAUGAAGGAGGGCGACCUUUGCUCGGUUCCGUUCAACAUUGCCUGCGGCCGGUGCCCCGCGUGCAAGCGGGGCGACACGGGUGUCUGCCUGUUCGUGAACCCCGCCCGCGCCGGAGCCGCGUUCGGCUACGUCGACAUGGGAGGCUGGGUGGGAGGGCAGGCAGAGUAUGUGAUGGUGCCCUAUGCCGACUUCAACCUGCUGAAGUUCCCCGACAAGGACCGCGCGAUGGAGAAGAUUGCCGACCUGACGCUGCUGUCGGACAUUUUCCCAACCGGCUUCCACGGUGCCAAGCAGGCGGGCGUCGAGCCCGGCUCCAUCGUCUAUGUCGCCGGCGCCGGCCCCGUUGGCCUCGCUUGUGCCGCCUCGUGCCACCUGCUGGGCGCGGCGUGCGUGAUUGUCGGGGACGCAAUCCCAACGAGGCUGGCGCAGGCUCGCUCCUUCGGCUGCGAGACGAUCGACAUCACGAGCGACGGUGAUCUUGCGCACAAGAUCCACGCCAUCACCGGCUCGCCAGACGUGGACUGCGCCAUCGAUUGCGUGGGCUUCGAGGCGCGAGGCUCGGGCGCAUCGGGCGGCGAGAAGCCGGCUCAGGUGCUCAACGACUGUAUGGGCAUCAUUCGCGAGGGCGGCCAGAUCGGAAUCCCGGGCCUGUACGUGACGGAGGACCCGGGCGCCUCAACGGAGGCUGCGCAGCUCGGCUCGCUAAACAUGACCUUUGGGCUGGCGUGGUCCAAGAGCGCGUCGAUGCACACGGGGCAGUGCCCAGUCAUGAAGUACCAUCGGCCUCUGAUGAACGCGAUAAUGCACGACAAGGUCCGUAUCGCAGAGGCGGUCAAUGCUAAGAUCAUCUCCCUCGACGACGCCCCGCUGGGCUACCAAAACUUUGACCAGGGCGAGUCGGUCAAGUACGUGAUGGACCCUCACGGCGUAACGGGCAAGGUUCAGGCGCUCGGGUGA